AUGUUGAGCCUAACGCCGCUCUCAGACAGGACGAACAACUCGCCGCACCAGCCUUCGCCGCUCGGCAAGGUGGCGACCACGCCCAAGUCGCCGUUUCUGGUCAAGAGCAAUGAGCUGUUCGAUGCGUCCCCGCCGACGCCCAGGCGGACGAACAACCAGCUCAAGGACCUGAACAAGGUUUUGCUCUCGCGGCUGGGCCACGAGCAAUCGAGGGAGACCGAGCUCAAGCAACAGAUCGACAAGCUCGAGGAGGAGAAUGCGGGCCUCGCAACCAACCUCAGGGCCUCCCAGGAGGCCCUAGCGGACGCCAGGCACCGGGCCCAGAAGCUGGAUGCCCUCCACAGCGACCUCGAGGCCACCCACGCACAGACCAAGCGCCUCCAGGGCCUGGUCGCGACGCUGGAGCAGGAGGUCAAAGAUAGGGAGAAGAAGCAGCAGCGGGUCGCGAAGCUGCAGUCCGAGCUCGAGGACGCCCACGCAGAGCUGCACGCGGUGCGUUCGAGCGAGGAGGGCAUCCGGACGGAGCACGAGGGCGCGAAGAAGGUCCUCAAGAUGGCCUUCUCCAAGAUCAAGUCCCUCCAGGAGUCCCUCUCCGUCGCCCAGAAGCGCGCCGCGCAGUCCGACGCGCGCGUCGCGGAGCUCGAGCAGGCCGCGGAGCGCGCCCAGGCGCAGUCCGAUGACUUGUCCCGGCUCCGCACGGAGCUCCAGGCGGCGCUCACGGGGCGCGCGGAGGCCGAGGCCUCCCUCGAGCGCCUGCGCGAGAUCUCGACGGCCUGGCGCCGCGCCGUCGAGCAGCAGAAGGGCGAGCUGGCGGCGACGGUGGAGCGCCUCGCCAUGGAGCGCCGCGGGAUCGAGGAGUCGCGCGACGCGGCGGCGCGGGAGCUCGAGGCGACGCGGGAGCGGCUCGCGGAGGCGGAGCGCAAGGAGGGGCGCGUGCCGGAGAGCCACGAGGCGGAGCGCGCCCGGCUGGUGUCGCAGGUGGCGGCGCAGGAGCGGUCGAUCGAGAACCUGGGCCGGCAGCUGCAGACGAAGCAGGCGGUGAUCGAGAAGUACGCGAGGCAGAUCGAGGCGCAGACGCAGGAGCGCGACGAGAACGACAAGUCCGUCUCGGAGAAGGAGGACGAGCUCAGCGUCGCGCGCGGCCGCUCCGAGGCCCUGACCAAGGCGCUGGCCAACGCCAUGACGCGGAUCGCGGAGCUCGAGACGCGCGACCACGCGCUCGUGCGCGAGUGCGAGGCGCUCGAGGAGGAGAAGAACGAGCUCACCGACGACCUGCGCGCCGCCGAGGCCCACGCCGACGGUGCCGAGCAGCGCGCCGGCACCGCCCAGCGCGAGGCCGCGGCGCUGCGCGCCCGGCUCGACGCCGCGAACGCCGCGCUCGCGAAGGCGCGCGCGGAGAAGGCCGACGUCGACACGCAGCUCAGGGAGGUCCUCGCGGGCGUCACGGCGAUGCAGGCGCGCGUCCAGGAGCUGGGCGAGCUGCACGCGCGCGAGGCCGGGGCGCUCCGGGCGCGCGUGUCGGAGCUCGACGCGGCGCGCCGGGAGAUCGAGGCGGACCUGGCGGCCGCGCGGAGCGACGCCGAGGCGCACGCGCGCGAGCGCGCGCACAUCGCAGACUCGUUCGAGACGUUCCGGGCGAACGCCGCGGCGACGCGCGCGCAGCUCGAGGGCCGCGUGGAGAAGCUCGAGGCGGGCGUGGGCGAGGCGGCGCGGCGCGCGGCCGCGGCGCGGAAGGACGCAGAGGCCGCGGGGGCGGCAGCGGCGGACGCGGAGCGCCGGCUGGCGGAGGCGGAGGCGGCGCACGCGGCGGCGAUGGAGGAGGAGGUGCGCGCGCGAUACGCGGCGGAGGAGGACGUGGAGGCGGCGCGGCUGGCUGCAACGGCCGCGCGCGUCGAGGCGGACGCGGCGGAGGGCGCGGCGGCGGCGGCGCGCGAGGAGGCGGAGCUGGCGCGGCAGGCUGCAACUGCCGCGCGGGCGGACAAGGCUCGGGCGGAGCAGGACGCCGCGGACGCGCAGCAGGCUGGGACUGCCGCGCACACCGAGGCGGCGCAGGCGCGGCAGGCUGCGACUGCCGCGCUCGCGGAGAAGAGCCGGGCCGAGGGCGAGGCCCGCGACGCGCAGCAGGCUGCAACUGCCGCGCAGGCCGAGGCCGAGGAGGUCCGGGCUGAGCUCGAGGCGUCACAGCAGGCUGCAACUGCGGUGCGCCAGGAGCUGGCGGCGGCCGAGGCCGAGGCGCGCGACGCGCAGCAGGCUGCAACUGCUGCGACGAGCGAGGCCGAGGCGGUCCGCGCGGAGCUCGAGGCGUCGGAGCAGGCUGCGACUGCUGCGCGCGGAGAGCUGGUCGCCGCAGAGGGCGCGGCGCUGGCAGCGCGGAACGCCGCGAGCGCCGCGCGCGCCGAGGCGAACGAGGCGCGGCGCGAGGCCGAGGCGGCGCGCGACGAGGCCGCGGAGGCGACGCGGGCGGCGGGCGCGUCAAAGGCGGAAGCCGACGCCGCGCGCGCGCACGCAGAGGGUGCCGCGCGGCUGCGGACGCUCGCGCUCGAGAAGAUCCGGGCGCUGCAGGAGGAGGUGCACGCGGCGCGCACGGCCGCGGACGCCGCGGAGGAGCGCUUCGCGGCCGCGGAGGCGCAGGCGCGGGAGCUGGCCGCGGAGCUCGCGGCCACGCGCGGGGAGAUGGCGGACAUGGAGGCGGCGCAGCAGGCGGCGCUGGCGUCGCUGCGGCAGGAGAUGGAGGCGCAGAUCGCGGUCGCGCAGGCCGAGGCGAGCGACGCGGCGGCCGCGGCGGAGCGCCUGGAGGGCGACGUGCGCGACAGGGACGGCGCGCACGCCGCGGCGCUGGCGGAGCUGCAGGCGCGCUUCGACGCCGCGCAGGCGCGCGCGGACGCCGCGGAGCGGGGCGUGGCGGACGCGCGUGCGGCGAUGGAGCGGAUCGCGGCGGAGCGGGGGGCGUUGGCGGCGGCGCGGGAGGCGGCCGAGGCGCGCGUGCGUGACGCGGGCGCGCAGCUGACGGCCGAGCAGGAGCAGAAGCAGGCGAUGAUCGAGGCGCUCGAGGGCAUGCGCGCGCAGGUGCGCGUCGCGGAGGCCGCCGAGGCGGCGCUGCAGGCGCGCGUCGCGACCCUGGACGCCGACCGCGAGGCGGCGCAGGCCGCGAUGGCCGAGGAGUCCGCGCGGGUCGAGGCGCUCCGUAAGGAGCUCGAGGCCGCCGGGAACGACGCCGGCGGCGCGCGUCGCGUGUCGCGGCUGGCCCUGGAGAAGGUGCGCGGGCUUCAGGGCGAGCUCGCCGCCGCCACGGAGCGCGCGGAGGGCACGGAGGCGCGCGUGAAGGCGCUGCUGACGGAGGUCCACGAGGCGCGCAUGGCCGCCGCGGCCGCCGGCGUCGCACACAAGAACAUGGAGGCCUCGCUCCUCGCAGAGGUCAAGGCGCUGAAGGCGUCGCUCGCGGACAAGGAGCAGGGCCUGGCCGCGGCGAGCGCGCGCGUGGGGGAGAUCAAGGCCCAGAUGGACGCGCAGGCCGCGGCGCUGGGCGAGCAGAUGCAGGCCCAGGCCGAUGCUGCGGCGCAGCGGGUAGCGGAGCUCGAGGGCGCGGCGGAGGCGGCGACGGCGCGCGUCGGGGCGCUCGAGGGCGAGCUCGAGCGCGCGCGGACGGCGCAGCGGGCGCUCGCGCGCACGGUCGAGGAGGAGCGCGCCCUGGCGGCGCAGCGCAUGGCCGACGCCGACGGCAAGCUGGCCUUCCUGCGGCGGGCGGUGGCGGAGGCGGAGGCCGGGAUCGCGCGCGAGCGCGACGCGCGGGUCGCCGCGGAGGACCGCGCGGCGCGCGAGGCGGGCUCGGCGGCGCAGGCGCGCGCGGAGGCGGAGAGGCUGACGGCGGUGGAGGCGGCGCUGCGUGCGCACAUCGCGGGCGUCGAGGGGCGGCUGUCUGCGGCGGACGCGGACGCAGCGAAGGGCGCCGAGCGCGUGCGCGAGCUGGAGCGGCGCGCGCAGGACGCGGAGAGCGCGCUGGAGCGGUCCCAGGCGGACCUGGAGGCGGCGCGCUCCUCGGGCACCCCGCGGGGCGAGGGCGCGAAGCGGGUGUCGCGGCUGGCGAUGGACAAGGUCCGGACGCUCCAGGCGGAGCUCGAGAAGGCGCGCGUGGACCUCAACAACGCGGAGUACCGUCGCGAGGAGCUGGCGAGCAAGCUGGACGACGCCGGGGCGGUGCUGGCGGACGUGCGCGCGGGCGCGGCGCGGGCGGCCGAGGCGCACGCGGGCGAGCUGGAGGCGGCGCGCGCGGAGGUCGCGGCGCUCACGGCGCGCGUCGAGGCGCUCGCGGCGACCGAGGCGGAGCGCGAGACGCUGCGCGCGCAGCUUGCGGACGCGCUCGCUGCCCGCGAGGGCGUGAUGUCGGAGCUCGCGGACACGCGGGCGGCGCGCGACGGCGCGGCGCGUGACGCCGCGGAGGCGGUCGCGGGGCGCCGCGCGGCGGAGGCGCGGGCCCGGGAGGCGGAGGCGAACCACCGGCGUGCGCUUGGGCAGCUGGCGGUGAUGGACGAGCAGUGCAUGCAGCUGUCGGAGCGCGAGAAGGCGGCACGGGCGGCGCAGGCGGGCGCGGAGGCGGCGGCGGAGCAGGCGCGGGCGGACCUGGAGGCGCGCGUCGCGACUCUGCAGGCGCGGGCGGAUGGGCUCGCCGGGUCGCUCGGGGCGGCGCGGAGGGAGCGCAAGGAGCUCGACGCGCGGCUGCGGCGCACGGAGCAGGAGCUCGAGGAGUCGAAGGCGAAGGUCGCGGACCAGACGGAGGCGAUCGAGGAGGCGCGCCGCAUGGGCACGCCGAAGGGCGAGGGCGCGAAGCGCGUCCUUCCUAUGGCGCUCGAGCGCGUGCGCAACCUGAUGGUGGAGCUGGAGGCGGUGCGGCGCACGGCGUCGAACGCGGAGACGCACGAGAGCGCUCUCGAGGAGCAGCUCGAGGACACCCAGAAGGAGCUCGAGCACGCCGAGGAGCGCCUCGCCGCCGCGACGGCGUCGUGGACGGAGCAGCUCGCGAUCGCAGACGGGCGCGCCGACGCCCUCGCGUCGCAGCUUGCCACCGCGACCGCGGACCUCGCGGACCGCGCCGCGGCGCUCGACGCCGCCCGCGCCGAGCUCGCCGCGGCGUUGCUCGAGGAGCGCGACAUCGAGGAGCUCCGCGCGCGGUGCGAGCGCGAGGAGCGCGGCCGGUUCGAGCACGCGUGCCGCGCUGCGGAGCUGACGCGGCGCCUGGAGGCGGCGGAGGCGCAGGCGCGCGCCCUCGAGACGCGCGCGGACGAGGCGCGGCGCACGGGCACGCCUGGCGGGGAGGCGGCGAAGCAGAUGCUGCGCAGCUCGCUCGCGGAGAUCCGGAGCCUGCAGGGCGAGGUGGCGGACGCCAAGUCGCGGGUGGCCAUGGCGGACGAGUCGGCGUGCGCGUCGCUGUCCCAGCUGGCCGGCGCGCAGGCCGAGGCGGCGGCGCUGCGGGCGCAGGCGCAGGAGGCGGCGCGGGCCGCGCAGGGCGAGCGGGCCGCGCUGGCGGCGCGUGCUGAGGAGCUGACGGCGGAGCUCGAGGAGGCGCGCAGGGAGCUGGACGCGGAGCGGGAGCGCUGCGAGGACCUGCAGCGGGACCUGCAGAUCGCGCACGAGGAGGCAUUCGAGCACCGGAAGGAAGCCAAGCGCCACCGCGAGCGCUGGCAGCUCGCGCACACCAACCUGGAGUCUGUCAAGGCGCGCAAGCUCCAACUCGAGACGGACCUCGCCGCCGCCCGCAAGCACCUCCAGGACCACACCGACACCAUCGCGGACCUCCAGGGGGACCUCGGCGUGUGCCGCAAGCGCAUCGCCGACCUCCAGGCCGCGAAAGCGCGCCUCGAGGGGUCGGCGCAGGGCGCGGACGCGCGCGUGCGCGACCUCGACGCCGCGGCCGCCGCGGCGACGCGGGAGCGCGAGGCGGCCGAGCUGCAGUGCGCGGCGAUGAAGGGCGAGCUCGCGGAGGCGGCGGCGGCGCUGGAGGCGGCGCGCGCGGAGGCGCGCGAGGCGCGGUCCGUCGGGACGCCGCGCGGGAACGCCGCGAAGAACAGGGUCGCGCUGCUGCAGGGGCAGCUCGCGGUUGUGCAGGCCGACCUCGAGCGCGCGACGGGCGCGGCCGCGGAGCUGCGGCGCCGCGAGGAGGACGCGCGGACCGAGCUUGCGGCGUCGCGGUGCGAGGCCGAGCAGCUGAGCGAGGAGGGCGCGGCGCUGUCCCGGUACAUCGAGGAGCUCGAGCGCGAGGCCGCGGAGGCCGCGGUGCGCGAGGAGACGCUCCUGGGGGAGCUCGAGGGCGCGACCGAGCAGAUCAACGGGCUGGUCACGACGCUGCAGGAGGUCGUCGCGGCGCGCGACGAGGCGGAGCGGCGCGUCCAGGCUGAGGCAGAGGCGGCCGAGGCGGCCCGCGCGGAGGCGGCCAAGGCGGCGGCGGAGCUGCGCGGGCGCGCGGCGGAGCUGGAGGAGGCCGCGGAGGCGGCGCACAGGGAGCACACGACGGUGCUGGACCGCGCCGCGCGGCUGGAGGCGCUCCUCGAGGACGCCCGGCGCGACCUGAGUCAGCGGGAGGGGGAGUUGGAGGAGGCGCGUCGGACGGGGACGCCGAUCGGCGAGGGCGCGAAGAAGGUGGCGAGGCUGGCGAUGGAGAAGGUGCGCGGGCUGCAGGCGGACCUCGAGGGCGCGCAGCGCGACCGGUCGGCCGCGGAGGCCGCGGCGUCGGGCGCCGCGGCGCAGGCGGCGGCGGCGCGCGGCGCCCUGCGCGAGGCCGAGGGCGAGCACGCGCGCCGCACGAGCGAGCUCGAGGAGUGCAUCGCGACGCUGCGCGGGGACCUCGGCGCCGCUCAGCGGCGCCUGGAGGCCGAGCAGGGGGAGGCGCGGGCCGCCCGCGACGAGGCUGCGGCGGCGGAGGCGAGCCGCGCGCAGAUGGUAGAGGCGUUCGCUGCCGCGAAGCAGCGCAAGCGCCGCAUGGAGAAGGAGCUCCGGCAGGCGCGCGAGUGCAUCGCGAAGCAGAGCGCGGACCUGGAGGCGCGCCGCGCGGAGGUCGCGGAGAUGUCGCGGGCGCUGGCGGCGGCGCGCGGCGAGGCGUCGGAGGCGGCGCGGUCGUCGUCGGCGCUGCGGUCGCAGCUCGCGGAGCUGCGUGGGCAGCACGCGGAGGCCGCGAGCGCCGCGAGCGCGGCGCGGAAGGAGGCGGACGACCUGCGUGCGGCGCUGGCGGCGGCAAAGGAGGAGAGUGAGGAGCAGCUGCGCGCGGCGGAGUCGACGGGGACGCCGCGCGGGGAGGCGUCGAAGCAGAUCCUCCCGCGGGCGCUCGAGAAGGUCCGCGCGCUGACGCAGGAGGCGGCGGAGGCGGCGUCGCGGGCGGACGCGCUGACGGCGGAGACGCGGGCGUUCGGGGACGCCGCCGAGGCGCUCCGCGCGCAGCUCGUGGCGCGCGACGAGGAGCUCGGGCGCGUCCUGGGCCGCGUCGGCGAGCUCGAGGACCGCUGCCGGGAGCUCGGCGAGGAGCGCGCCGCGGCGCAGGGUGCGCUCGAGGACGCCACCGCGCGGCUGCGCGGCGCCGAGGGCGAGCUCGCGGGCCUCCGCGAGGACCGGCUCUCGCUCGCGGCGCAGCUGUCCGGCGCGGAGGAGACGUCGCGCGCCCUGCUGGACCGCGCUGUGGUUGCUGAGGCGGGGCUCGAGAGCGCCCGGGCCGACGCCGAGGCCGCGCAGGGCCGCGCGAGGGCGCUCGAGGGCGAGAACCGGGAGCUCGGGAGCGCCGCGGACGGGCUGAAGUCGCGCGUGGGCGCGUUGCGCAGAGAGCUUGAGGUUAUGACGGCGCGGGCCGAGGCGUCGUCGGCGGACAACGAGCGCAUCGAGAAGCAGCUCGUGCGGUACAAGCGGCUCCUCGAGAGCGCCGAGGCCGAGCGGAAGCGCCUCCGCGAGCGCUCCGCGGAGCUCGAGGGCGUCGCGAGCGACCUCACGUCCAAGUUCGGGAGCGCGCGGGCGGACCUCGCGGCGGCGAACGAGCGCGUGCGCGCGCUCGAGGCGCGCCUGCGCGAGGCCGAGGCGGCGCUGCGCGCUCGCGGCGAGGAGCUCGACGCCAAGGCCGUGUCGCUCGCCACGGAGCGCGCGGUGUCGGCGGGGCGCUGCCGCGCGAUGGAGGACGAGCUCGCGGCGCUGCGCGAGGCGGCGGACGAGCUCCGGGCCGGGAUCGGCGCGGCCGAGGCGGACAAGGCCGAGGCUGCGGCGCGCGUCGCGGAGCUGGAGGGGGGCAUCCAGGCGGAGCGCGUGCGCGUCGCGGAGCUGGAGCACGCCGUGGAGCAGGCCGCGGCGGCGCGCGACGAGGCGGACGCGGCGCACGCGGGCGCGCUCGCGGACGCCCGGCGCGAGCUCGAGGUGGCGCGCGCGGACGCCGAGCGCGCGCGUCAGGCGGCAGUGGCGGCCGAGGGCGGCGCGGAGGAGCUCCGCGCGCGCGUGGCCGAGCUCGAGAAGGACCGCACGGUCGCGGCGGAGCGCUCCGCGGAGCUCGAGGGCCAGAUCGCGGCGCUGCAGUCCCGCCUGGACGGCGUGCUCGCGGAACGCCGCGCUCUGAAGAACCGGCUCGCGCACGCCGAGCGCGGCUUCGCGCAGGCGCGGGCGGACCGCGACGCGGCGCUCGAGGACGCGGCGGCGCGGGCCGCGGAGAUCGCCGAGCUCAAGCGGCACGUCGCGAGCGCCACGGACGAGACGGCGUGGAUGCAGCAGGAGCUCAACUCCGCGGCUCUGGAGGGCGCGCGCGUGGCGAGCGAGCUCCGCGCGCUCCAGACGGCCAGCGGCGGGCUCGUCGCGGAGCUCGAGCGCGUCCGCGGGAUGUUCGACACCGCGGAGGGCCGCCGCGCGGCCAUCCAGACCCGGAUCGACGAGGUGGAGGCGGAGCGCGCCGCGGAGCUCGCGGCGGCCGCGGAGGCGGCUGCGCGCGUGGAGACGCUGGCGGAGGAGCUCGCGAAGGCGAGGCGGGCGGUUUCGGAGCGCGAGGCGUCGGCGGCGGAGAUGGCGGCCGAGGUCGGGGACCUGCGCGCCGCGCUGGCCGCGGCGCAGCAGCAGGUCUUCGCGCGCGACGACGAGAUCGGGGCGCUGCGCGCGGAGCUCGAGGUGUCGGCGGAGCGGCUCGCCGCCGUCCAGGAGCGGGCGGAGCGCGCCGCGGGGGUCGCGACGCUGUCCGAGCAGGCCCGCGACGUGCACCGCGAGCUCGGCGUGGCGCUCCGCGGGGAGCGCGACGUCCUCGAGAAGGAGAACAUGGCGCUGCGGUACGCGCAGGAGCGCCUCGCGCACAAGAUGCAGGCCCAGGAGACGGCGCUCACGCACGUGGCGGAGCGGGCGCGGGCCGCCGAGAGCGAGGCGGCGCAGCUGCGCGAGUCGCUGUCGCGCGCGCAGAGCGAGGCGGAGGCCGACGCGGCGCGCCAGCUCGAGGCGGCGCAGCGCAAGCACGCCGCGCAGGUCCUCGAGGUGCGUCGCAUGGCGCGCGCGCAGAGCGAGGGGGCGUCGACGAGCCGCAUGAGCAGCCCGCGCGGGUCGCUCGCGACGCCGCGGGAGCGCUCGGCGUCCCGCGCGCGCACGCCGCGCGGGGCCCCGCCGCCGGCGGAGAUGCGCACCUUUGGCGCCAUGUCGGUGGUGCUCAUGGUCGCCACCGCGGCCAUCAGCGCGGGGUUCCACUUCCUGACGCCCGGCGGGUCCGGGAAGGGCCCGGAGGCGAAGGAGUGA